GAAACAAGCAAAAUGUCUACUGCGAUAUACUUUAUAGUGAUCGCUAAGUUCUUAAUUUUUUACAUUUUUCACAUUUCUGCCUAUGGUCAUCUGUAUACUUCAGAUGCGAAUAAAACAUAUUAUAUAGAUUUUGAACGCAAGUACUCGUGGUUUGAAGGUCAAAUUUACUGCACUCAAAUGGGUAUGACUUUGGUAGAGUUAAAUACACAAACGAAAAACUUGGAAGUGUAUAGAUUGAUCAAACACGUGCAAAAUCGGUAUAAUAUUGAAGGAAGUUUUCUUUGGAUUGGUGGUAUUCUAGAUCGAUUUCCAAAUAGACGAUUCGCAUGGUUAUCAACUGGUGAAUAUUUUACAUACACCGACUGGUAUGGUGAUAAUCCAGAUUACUAUUACAAUAAUGAAUUUUGUGUGGAAUUGGAGAUGAAAGAAAAUUGGCGUUGGAGUGAUGAUUCGUGCAUAACGAGAGGUGGUUUCAUAUGUGAACAUAAAAAAGAAACUGAAAUUCGACAAAAACUAGAAGAAAAUUUACAAGAAGUGAAUAAACAAAAGGUAGAAAUACAAAAAGAAUUGCAGAAGCAAAAAGAUUUGCAACAGAGAUAUCAACAACAAUUACAACAAUCUCGAGAAGAAAUAAAUAAUUUAAUAAAACAAAAUGAUAAUUUACAAAAGAAUCUUAAGAAAUUAGAAGAUAAUUUGCAAAUCGAAAUAAAAAAACAACAAAAUUUAGAGCAAACUCCACAAAAACCAAAUAGUGAAUCAACAAAUCCUUUUGAAUCUUCACUAUUAUCAAAUCACAUCAAGGAAGCAUUGCGGACAGACAAGGAAUUGAAAGACAAUUCAAAUAAACUGAUCAAAAGUGAUGUACGAAUUAAUGGUGGAAAUAAUAUUAUCGUAUAUUAUUCACCAUACUAUGGAUUUUUAACAAUUCGAAGUUUAACGAUUCCAAACAGCCUAAUUGAUAGAGUUGUUAUUCGUAUAAAAAUUAUUCGAUUUAUCUGGAAAAAUAUGAUUUUUCUUCGAAGGAAUGAAAAAUUUGAAAUUUAG